UGUCUGAGAAAGGAGGAGGAGGACAUGGCUCCGUGGCCUGAACUAGAAGACGCAAACAGUGCUAAGUGUAUUGAGCGGCCGUGCUCCAAACAAAACCACAUUAUGUCUGAAAAUGAGGUGAAAAAUCCCAAAGGUGAAGUAAUUUCCUUAAAGAAUCAACUGGAUCUCUUACCUGCAUACUCCACCAUUGCUUUGACAACUGAACUGGAUGAGGAAAAUGAUCCAUGGAGUAUGCCAGUGCUCCAGAACAGUGGAGUAAAAUGGUCAGAACUGGAUGGAAAAGGCAAAAUACUCUGUGUGUUAAAAGGCAUUGGGAAGUUUAUUCUCUUACUUGGAUUGCUGUACCUUUUUGUCUGCUCCUUGGAUGUGCUUAGCUCAGCCUUUCAGUUAGUGGGAGGUAAAGCCGCAGGAGACAUAUUCAAAGAUGGUUCUGUAUUAUCAAAUCCUGUUGCAGGUCUGGUGAUCGGCGUUCUGGUGACUGUCAUGGUGCAGAGUUCUAGCACCUCUUCAUCCAUCAUAGUCAGCAUGGUGUCCUCUUCAUUACUGACUGUUCAGCAUGGGAUUCCAAUCAUAAUGGGAGCUAAUAUUGGCACAUCUGUUACAAACACCAUUGUGGCACUAAUGCAAGUUGGAGACAGGAAUGAAUUUAGAAGGGCUUUUGCUGGAGCUACAGUCCAUGAUUUCUUUAACUGGCUUUCAGUGUUUGUCCUGCUGCCCAUUGAAGUUGCCUCAGGCUAUCUUUUCCAUCUUACAGAAGUUAUUGUAAAAUCAUUUCAUCUUGAAAGUGGGGAGGAUGCACCUGAAUUAUUGAAAGUCAUCACUGAUCCUUUUACAAAACUUAUCAUCCAGCUUGAUAAAUCAGUGAUAAGUGGAAUUGCUACAGGUGAUGAAUCAGUAAGAAACAAAAGUCUAAUAAAAAUUUGGUGUAAAACUGAAACUAAUGUGACUGCACUGAAUACAACUGUCCCGUCACCUGAAAACUGUACUUCUUCUGACCUUUGCUGGACAAUUGGAAACAUGACCUGGACCACGAAAAAUAUUUCCAACACAGCAUAUAUUAAAAAAUGUCAACACAUUUUUGCAGGAACAAGUCUCCCAGAUCUUGCAGUUGGUCUCAUCCUGCUUGCAUUUUCCUUGCUUGUUCUCUGCACUUGCUUGAUACUCAUAGUCAAGCUGCUGAAUUCCGUACUUAAGGGACAGGUAGCAACUGUUAUCAAGAAGACACUCAAUACUGAUUUCCCUUUUCCAUUUACUUGGCUGACAGGGUACUUGGCUAUGCUAGUGGGUGCUGGCAUGACUUUCAUUGUUCAAAGCAGUUCUGUGUUCACGUCUGCAAUUACACCACUUGUUGGAAUUGGCAUUAUAAGCAUUGAACGGGCAUACCCUCUAACUCUGGGCUCAAACAUUGGUACAACUACAACAGCUAUUCUUGCUGCUUUGGCUAGUCCUGGAAGUACAUUAAAGUAUUCCUUACAGAUUGCUCUCUGCCACUUCUUCUUCAAUAUUUCUGGGAUUAUCCUGUGGUAUCCUGUCCCAUUCAUGCGGCUGCCAAUCCGCUUGUCCAAGGGUCUAGGGAACAUAACAGCCAACUACAGGUGGUUUGCCGUCUUCUACCUUCUCCUCUGUUUCUUCCUGAUCCCUUUGGUGGUCUUUGGCCUGUCUGUGGCUGGCUGGCAGUACCUCGUGGGCAUUGCUGUUCCCAUCUUGGUCUUCUUGGUUGCUGUGGUAAUCAUCAACCUUCUGCAAAAGAAACGGCCACAUUUGCUGCCUCAGAAGCUCCAGAACUGGGAUUUCCUCCCCAGGUGGAUGCACUCCUUACAGCCCUGGGAUGAUAUCAUAACCUCUGCAAGCUUUGCCUGUGGAAAGCACUGUUGCAGCUGUUGCAAAUGCUGUAGAGGUGAGAAUGCUGAACAAAUGGCAAAAGAAAAUCCAGCAAAAGCUGUGAAAUUUCACGAAAACCCAGUUUCACUGGCUGAUGAAGAAAAUGGCCUUCCAAAGGCACAACAGACAGAUAAAUCAAACCAAACAAACUUUUUCACCACGCCCUUAUAGCAGAAGAUUGGGCUUUAGAGUUGUGCUCUCAAGGACAAAAACUAGGAGGAGAAAAUGUGAAGGUUGAGAAAUGAAGCUGAAGGGAAAAUAUGUUCCAGCUUCUUCUACCUAAGGAAAAUAAUACACUGGUGGUGACUAACCAAUUUUGGCAAACAGGCCACAAGUCAAGCCUAAAUGAUGAGAUGCCCAUUCGGAAAAGAUGGUGUCCCAGGUGUCUUGUGGGACCUUGACUUUAAAUCACCGAGCCAGAGAGAGUAAUGCAGAAGUGAAGUCUGACUCUGUACUACAACCUGGCCUCCUGGCCUUUCUGCUUCUGUUUGUUACUGCUACUGCUACCCAAGUUGGUUCUUUCCCUUGGGCAAGCAUGUUUUCAGCAAUGGAGCCAAAAUUUGGGUAUACAUAAAUCUAAGGUGAGGUCUGCACAUAAAGGAUGCCUACCAUGCUUCAGGCACAUAGCAGGUAGGCAUGCCAUUUCAGGCUUGGGGAGUGAGGGUAAAUAGUCUUCGAUGGCAUGAGAUUCACAAAAUCACCCCAAAAUAUCUGUUCUUGGUAAGCUAAAUUGCUGAUCACAAGGGGAGGAUUGGAAGCACUUUGAGAUGAACAUGCUUAGAAUCUUAACAUAAUAAGAAUAAUUUUACAACUGCAGAACUGGAUUGAACUCUAUAGAUCAUCAAGACUGUCAAAGAGGCACGGUGGGGAGUCCAGGUCCCAACCUCUGGCU